UUGUUAGCGUCUUAUUUUUUGCUAUAAACCAAUUAAAUAAUCAACAGUUAUUUGAUAUCACAAUCAUGACCACGCUAAAACAAGCCAUAUUACAUUCAUUAUUACAAAAGGAAAGUUUGUGCUGUCUGUGUUUUGGCACAGUUGGAUCUGAACAUGUUUACUUAGACGAUGAGGCGAUGGUGAACGAUUCUGGCAAUGUAAAGCUUGCUGAAGUGCUCUAUUAUAUCCUAGGAUAUGAUGUGAUGAAUAAUUUAGCUUUCCAAACCCUAUGCGAUGAUUGUGUUGUAUCAGCCAUACAAAGCUACAUGUUCAUCAAAAGAUGCAAGGAAAACACUGAAAACUUACAACAAGCCAUUGAAAAUCUAGAUAUUUCUUUACAAAACUUAAGAAGCAAUCAAGAAUCAUGCAAGACAAUGUUUCUUUCUUUAGACUCAAGUCUUGACGCUCAGGUUUACUACGAUUAUAAAAAUCCAGUUACUUCACUUCCAAAAGCUUUGGUGAGAUUUAAAUAUGUUUCCUCUGAUGUAUGUAACGGUAAAUAUUACAUAGAGAGAUCUGUGCAAAAAGAAUCGAAAACCUGGAUUGUUCCAACAGUUGGUGAUGAUGAUGAUUUUGAUAGUGACUGGUGCAUGUCGCCAGGAAAAAGAAAUAAUACUAAAAAGGGUCAUAGAGGUAAAGAAAUUUUAUCUGACAGUGUGAUGCUUCAUGAAAAUAGUACAAAUAAAAGGCUAAUAUGCAAUGGUUGUGAGAAAACAUUUGAAAGUAUCACCAUGCUACGAUUGCAUUACAUGAGGGUUCAUGCAGUAAAAAAAUUACAGUGCCCAAAAUGUGAUCAUAAGUUUGCUACUAGCAAGUUGCUAGAAUACCAUCUAAGUCUUUCCCAUGUGGAUGCCAUUUGUUUUGAAUGUGGGAAAACUUUUACUAACAUAGCGAGUUUGAAGAAACAUGAACUCUCCCAUAAUAUCUCAUCUAAAUAUAUCUGUCAGAAUUGUCACAGAGUAUACAAAACAUUACGAACCAUGAAAGAUCACAUUUACAACGGAGUUUGUGAGCGAGGAGGCAGAACAGGAAAAUCAGUCAACGGAAUCCUGGCUUUUGACACAGUUUGCAAAGAAUGUGCAAUAACUGCAUUAAAUUCCUAUACAUUCAUCAAGAAAUGCAAAGAAAAUGCACAAAAUUUACAUAAAGCUAUAACAAAUCUAGACAAUAGCAUACAACAUGAUGUAGAACAUGUUUAUUGCAAGUCUCUUUUUAUUUCUUUUAAUGAAGAUCUAACAACUCGAGACUUUUUUGAUUAUAAGAGGCCUGUGAAUUCACCGUCAGCUAUCUUAAAGAGGUUUCAAAGUGUUUCUAAUAUAGGAAAUUAUAAAAACGAUGUACAAGAUGUGAAGAAUGAUGAUCUUGAUUACUUUGAACUUGAUACCGAACCAGUAAUUAAACAUAAGAAACACAAAAGUAAACCUAGGAAAAAUACUUUGCCGAAAGAACUUAUACUACACAAGGAUAGUACACAUUUGUCGUAUAAAUGCAGUGGAUGCCUAAAAAUUUUCCAAACAUUAGAUUACUUGCGGCAGCACUAUCUCAGGUUACAUGCACCGAAAACUUUUAAAUGCCCUAAAUGUGAGCGCAGCUAUGCUUCAUACAAACUAGUAGAGCAGCAUUUAAAAGACUGUCAUCAGACUGUAAUAUGUGUUGAAUGCGGAAAAACAUACAAAAACCGUUUUAGUUUAAAACAACAUGAACUCUCACAUAGACUACGAUUUGUCUGCCAAAGUUGCGGCCGCGUUUACAAAAAUAAAGACACAUUCAAACAGCAUAUAGAGUAUGGAAUAUGUGGUCAAUCCGCUAGAAAAUCGGCAACAGACGGCUUGUUCAAAUGUGACAUUUGCAAUAAACAGUACUCCCGUAAAAACACCUUGCGGGUUCACAUUCAAUUUGAACAUACGAACACAGGCCAGCAACAUGUAUGCAGUUGGUGUAACAAGAAGUUCAGUUGUCAAAGCAGAUUGAAAGCGCAUACAGUUAAGCAUACGCAGGAAAAGAACUUUCCUUGUGAUAUCUGUGGGGGUAAAUUUGUUACGAAAGAGUCUCUUCUGUAUCACACUCGCAUACAUACUGGUGAGAAGCCAUAUAAGUGUUCAUUCUGUGAUUUAAGAUUUCUAUCUUCAUCCCGACGGGCCGAGCAUGUGAGACGUCAGCACAUGGACCCAACAUUGACUUGUGACAUUUGUAAAGCUAAGUUUCGGAGUCAUUCCUGCUUGUUGAAGCAUAAGCAGAGGCAUGCAAACCCAAACAGCCGGCUGUUUGCGGUUGAAGGCAAGCCUCAGGCUGAGGAAAAUGACUAUUGCUUCAAGAAUUAAGCUUUGUUAUUGCAACUAAUAAAGAUUGAAGAAAGUUGAAAUGAGAAUAUGUGGUGACUGAUAUUUUUAUAAAUUAUAAUUUCAAUAAUUUGCCUUAAUAAAAAAAUGUACUUUAGUAAAUAUUAGCUUCUGAGGAACUUGAAAGUUAACUAAGUUUUUGUGUGGAGUUUUUUUGUAUAUUUUAUCUAAAUUAUCUGUAAAUACAUUUAUUUAA